CUCUUGGGGGCGAGGUUGGCUAACAUAUACGACCUCGAUGCCAAGACGUACCUCCUCAAGACCAACAAGGUACGGCAUGCUCUUGCUGGAGGGGCUUGGCUGCUCUCUCCUUGGAUGACUGAACGGUUCCCGUUGCAGAGCGGGGAGAAGUGUUUGGUGCUGCUGGAGUCGGGGAUCCGGUUCCACACCACGGAGUUCAUGCGCGACAAGAGCAACAUGCCGUCAGGCUUCACGCUCAAGCUGCGGAAGCACAUCCGAAUGAAGAGGAUCGAAGAGGUGAAGCAGCUGGGGGUCGAUCGCGUCGUGAUCUUCACGUUCGGGGCGGCAGACGAGGCAUUUCAUUUGAUCUUGGAGCUGUUUGCGGGUGGGAACAUUAUCCUGGUAGAUCACCAGUACACGAUCUUGGCCCUCCUGCGAACGUACACGGAUGAAGCCACCAACACAAAGGUUGCCGUGAAAGAAACUUACCAGCUAGACAGCAACCAGAACGAGAACCGAAAGAUAUCGGUCGACCUUCUGAUGGAGGCGUUUGGGAAGGGCGCGAAGAACGAGAAGGCAACGAUGAGGGACGUGCUGAUCAAGGAGCUGGACUACGGCCCAGCUCUCGUCGAGCACGCCCUGCUGGGGACGAGCUUGGAUGGGAAGAUGAAGGUGUCAGAGAUGGAGAUCACUCGCGACUCUCCGGUCGUCUCGACCUUGUUCGGCGUCUUCAAGGAGGUGGACGAUAUGAUUGCGAACCUGACGGAUGGCGGAAAGAUGAUCGAGGGCGUGCUGGUCCGCAAGGGAGCAGGGGAGGACAGCCCGUACGACGACUUCGGCCCUGUGGUCCUCCGACAGUACGCCGGGAAGAAGCUUGACAUGUUCGACUCGUUCGACAAGGCCAUGGAUGCUUACUUUUCCAUCGCUGAGGACAAGAAGCUAGAGCAGCAGAAGGUGCAGCAGAAGAAGGCUGCGGUCAGCAAGGUAGAGAGGGUGAAGCGUGCGCACGAGGCCAGUAUCCAGGCGCUGCAAGAGGAGGAGGCGGAGAACUACCACCGGGCGACGCUGAUCGAGGCGAACUUGAGCGACGUGGACAACGCUAUCCUGGUGAUCAACAGCAUGCUGAGUCAGGGGAUGGACUGGGCGUCUCUGAAGAAGCUCGUGAAGGAGGAGGGGAGGAAGGGGAAUCCGAUUGCUCAGAUGAUCCAUGGGUUAAAGCUCGACUCCAACCAGAUCACCCUCCUCCUCACCUUCGGACUGGACGCGAUGGAGGAGGAGGAGCAGACGCUGCCUGUGGUGGCGGUGGAUGUGGACCUGGGGAUGAACGCGUAUCAGAACGCGCAGAGCUACUACAGCUCGAAGAAGAAGGUGGCGCUCAAGGCGGAGAAGACCAUGCAGGCAGCGGGGAAGGCGAUCAAGGGAGCGGAGAGGAAGGCGAAGGAGGACUUGAAGAAGGCAGACACGAAGGCGAGCAUACAGCAGAUCAGGAAGACCCACUGGUUCGAGAAAUUCAUCUGGUUUAUCAGCUCGGAGAACUUCCUCGUGCUGUGCGGUAGAGACGCGCAGCAGAACGAGCUGCUGGUGAAGCGGCACAUGGAGAAAGGAGACAUCUACCUGCACGCUGACAUCCAUGGCGCGGCUACCCACAUCAUAAAGAACCAUACCAAGGAUGCCGUUCCUCCCCUUACCCUCGCACAGGCUGGGCUGUCUUGUGUGUGCAGGAGCCAGGCAUGGGACGCCAAGAUGGUAACGAGCGCUUACUGGGUGCACCCGGAGCAAGUGUCGAAGAGCGCACCAACAGGAGAGUACCUGAGCACGGGAAGUUUCAUGAUCCGAGGAAAGAAGAACUACCUCCCUCCCAACUCGCUCAUCAUGGGGUUUGGGCUCCUCUUUCGGAUUGACGAGAGCUGCCUCGCCCACCAUGUUGGGGAACGAAAGAUCCGUGGGCUGGGCGAGCAAGAGGAAGAGAUGGGCAAAGCUGGGGACUCGGACGAGAUUCCAGAGGAGGAGGAGGAGGAGGAGGAGGAAGGAGAGGAGGAGGGAGAGGAAACGAAGGAGAAGGAUGGUGGCAAGAAGGACAGUGAUGCAAGGCAAUCAAAAGGUGAGAUGGCGGAGAUGAGGGCAGGCAGAUGA